UGCAGAAGUCACUAAUGGUACGGUGGAAAUCCGCUUCUACUGGGCUGGAAAAGGGACAACAGAUAUCCCUGUUAAAGGUGUAUAUGGUCCUCUAAUUUCAGCUAUUUCUGUGGAUCGUGGUGAGUUGUAUACUUUUUGUCAUGGUUGGGAACUGCCCCAUACUUUCCACAAUACGAUUUCAAGUUUACUUUCACAUGUAACGUACUGAUUGUAAGAGAGGAAAUUCAGUACAAGAGAGGAAAUUGAUUCACAUGGUCAGACACUACAGUACUGUUUUUUUGGAAGAACAAAAUGGGAAUUUUCACAAGGAGUAUUUUUGGUUUUUAUCUUAAUAUCAUAUACAAUAUCUUAAUAUUGUGAAAUAGUAACAAUAAAAGGAGAACAAAAUUAUCUUUAUAUUUCUCUGUUUCCGCAAGCUGAAUUUGUUCCAUUAUCAGAACAUGGAAAAAGUUUAUCAGCAGGCGCUGUGGCUGGAAUUGUGGUUGCAGUUGUUGCAUCCAUUACCUUCCUGAUUCUGGGAAUCCUUUGGUGGAAAGGCUGCCUGCGACUGAAUGAUACAAUGGAUCAAGAUCUGAAGCGUCUUGACCUACCGACUGGUUCAUUUUCCUUGCGACAAAUAAAAGCUGCCACAAACAAUUUUGAUGCUGCUAAUAAGAUUGGAGAGGGUGGUUUUGGCCCUGUCUACAAGGGACUUUUUUCAGAUGGCACUAGAAUUGCUGUGAAGCAGCUUUCCUCCAAAUCGAAGCAAGGAAACCGUGAAUUUUUGAAUGAAAUAGGCAUGAUUUCUGCAUUGCAGCACCCUCAUCUUGUAAAGCUCUAUGGGUGCUGUAUUGAAGAAAAUCAAUUGUUGCUAGUAUACGAGUACAUGGAAAAUAACAGUCUUUUUCGUGCUUUAUUGGGCCCAGAAGAAUUCCAGUUGAAAUUGGAUUGGCCAACUAGGCAAAAGAUCUGCAUUGGUAUAGCUAGAGGUUUGGCUUAUCUCCAUGAAGAAUCGAGACUAAAGAUCGUCCAUAGAGAUAUCAAGGCCACCAACGUGCUGCUUGAUAAGGAUCUUAACCCUAAGAUAUCUGAUUUUGGUUUGGCCAAACUUGAUGAAGAGGACAAUACCCACAUAAGCACUCGGGUUGCUGGAACUUACGGAUAUAUGGCACCUGAAUAUGCAAUGCGGGGUUACCUGACUGACAAAGCAGAUGUUUAUAGUUUUGGAGUUGUCACAUUGGAAAUUGUCAGUGGGAGGAAUAACACCAGCUACAGUUCAAAGGAGGAAUGCUUUAACCUUCUUGAUUGGGCACUUGAAUUGAAGGAGAAGGGGGAUCUGCUGGAGCUAGUCGAUCCGAGGUUGGGACCAGACUUCAACAAAGAAGAGGUGAUGGGGAUGAUUAAAAUAGCUCUGCUGUGUACUGAUGUCACACCAGCAGUUAGACCUACCAUGUCUUCAGUGGUCAGCAUGCUCGAAGGUAGAGCAAUUGCUCAGGAGUUGAUUCCAAGUGCUCCAAGUAGCGCCAUGAAUGUCAAGGAAAUGAAAGAUGUGUACCAACACAACCAUGAAACUGACAUGAGUAUGUCAGUUGAUGGGCCAUGGACUGCCUCUUCUACAUAUACCGCUGAUCUCUACCCGGUCAAUCUGAAUUCUGAUUAUUUGUCAAACAGAAAUUAGACAAAUGGUACAUGUUGUCUUGACUGAUUAUCAUCUUGUUUAUCCUAACGCAUAAUGCUUCUGAAACAUUGUAUAAAAAAAACAUUGGUCCUUCGUUUUGGUCUUUUGGGAUGCUUUCUUUGUAUUAUUGUUAUUAUUAUGAAUGGCUGUUGAGCGAUCUUUUUAAAAUAUAUUUGUUACCACCAUGUAAUUGACACUGCUUGUUUUUCCUUUUC